AUGAGUGAGCACCACACGAUUCGACCCCAAAACAACGACACCAAGAAUCGCGCUGCGUCGUCGUCCUAUAAUAAGGAGCCCUUGUUGACGAUUGGUCCCAUCAGUGUGAACCGCAAAGUCUUGUUUGAAUACGUCGACAAGAUGGGAAAGGAAAACGUUCGCAAGGCCGUCGAGGAUACUCGUCGAUGGAACAAUCACAACCACAACCGGCAGCAAAAGACGACGAACACGCAUCCGUCUGGCGGCGACCACGACAUGGACAUGACAACGAUUUCCAAGAAUGCAUUUGCCAUGGGACGCAAGAAUCGUCACGGCAAGGUCCUUCAGAGCCGUCCCGAGAACCGCAAGAUGGUCGCCAACAGUCACGACGACGACGACGACGACAAGACGAAAAAGAGCACCCGUCUGGGCAAGUGGGACCACGAUUCCUACUUUGACCAAAAGGGACAAGACUUUUGGAACGAUCGACGACAAAAGAUUGCACUUCAGCAGCAAAAGCUUCGACAUCUCAAAAAGUAG